AUGACAAAAGUAGGGAAUUUCCCCGAUAUCAACAACGGAACCGAUAAAAAAAAACGAUGGAAUGCGUUUGCGCUGCAAACCCGUGCUGAGCAACGUCCCUGCCCCCAUUAUCGGCACGUAUGCAGGAUUUUGUUCAAAAAGCUUGCAAUUUUGGGACAAAGCAAUUUGCACAAGUCGUUAUGGCGCAAAAGCAUCUCAGAAGACGAAUUAUAUGAAUGUUUAGAAUACAAGUUCGGCAUGCUAUGGCUAAGCAAAGCUACCUACUCCCAAUAA